CGGGGACGGCUCAGGCUGUACAUGUUCGAGUGUCUCUUCCAGAUCCGAUGCGGAUUGCCAGCUUCAUUCCCUCCAAAUUUCUAUCUUCGCGCGGGUUUUUUCAUUUCGCGUUGCGCUUUCCUUUUGGGCCCAUUCUGAACUGAAGCAGUGCCAGGAGAGAUCGGCCAUGCAGCAGAAGACGGGCGCCGCUGCAGGCAUCGGCUUGCGACGGUCGACCUCCACUGCCCCGACAAGCCGCCGCUGGAUCCCACCUUCCCCCGCUGUGGCCCCUUUGCCCGCAGCCGCCCCGUCCGCGGUUGCCCCAUCUGGCCCGUAUGCAACCACCAGCGCCGCCCAGGCAGGCUCCCCGUCAGCGUCACCAGACGACGCGCUGCUCUCCCGCGGCGCGCGGAUGGGUUUCCGCGUCGGCACCCCGCCCGACCCGUCGUCUUGUCCAGGCGGUGCACGGCUCUACAACGCACCAACAGCGGCAAUGUUCCCCUCCACCACCGGCCCGUCGUUCUUUGAUUUGCUUCAAAGCUUCGAGGGCAUCAUGAGCUGUAUGAUGAUUCAGCCACACAACCAGCCCAAAAAUGCUCAUUUUAUUGGACAUCUGGGACAUACACUAAAUAACCCUAUUAACAUUCAGGUGAAGAUGCUUAUGAAGAAGAUGAGAUGGAGAUGGAGUUAGGACCGUGGCACGACUAAUCUAGAAACAAAAAGAUGGGAGAGUGAUGAGUGCAUGGCUCAAACACUCUGUUGACUCAAUUAGGGGAAACAGCAAAAAAUCUGAACAAUAUUGGUCGGAUGUGGCACAAGAGUACAACCUGACUACUCCAAAGAACAGACAGAGGACUAAAAAUCAGGUUAAGGAGAGGUGGCAGUGGCACAAGAUAAAUAAGUGGGCUAGCAUGUUCAAUGACUGUUAUUUGAAGGUUAGGACUUAGGAGGAUAUACACCGGUGGGUAUUCUGAUGAAAUGUGGUUAGAGAAAGCACCAACUAUAUGAGCAAGAGACUAAGGGACCACAUUUCAUUUUAAUGAAUGUGUGGAACAUGGUUCGGAGUUUGGCAAAGUGGAUUAGUAUAACAACCCAAUCCAGACUAAGAGGAAGGAGACACAGAAGGAUAACAAUGUAGAGGGAUGUGGACUUGAUGAUAUUGAUCUUCCUCGGUCAAUGGGACAGAAGAAGGCUAAACAUGCUGCAUGUGAAAGAAAAGGAAAAACAAAAGAUAGUGCCAUAGACAUCGAUGAGCUUGAUAGAUUUGAGAAGAUCCAGAAUGAUGUUCGUGCUAAUCGGCUUAAGCUACUAGAAAUGCAAGGAAAGUUAAAUAACGACAAGAUGGAGCUAUCAAAAAUUGCUCUCC